UUGGGAAAGAUUUCUUCGACAUUAUUUAUAGGAGAAGUUUACCCGCAACCCUUCCCGCCGUAUCCCAAAGAGUCUCUGUAGUCUCUGUCCCAUGCUAACGAUUCGACCAGGUCAAGUCUUAGGAGAAGCGACACCGUUCCCCGAGGGCGGCGGCGGCGCUGGCGAGGGGGAGACGGAGGAAGCACCGGCGGAGGCGCCGGCGACGAAGGGGAGGGCGGUGUGCUGGGACGGCUGUGGCCGGCCGUCGAGCGUGUGCGUUUGCGACCACCUCCCGCCCUGCCCCAUCCCCACCGCCACCCGCGUCGUCGUCCUCCACCAUCCCCACGAGCUCCGCCGCAAGCUCGCCACCCUCCCCCUUCUCUCCAAAUGCCUCCACAACCUCUACCUCGUCCCCGGCCGCCGCCUCCGUCUCGGCUCCUCCCCCCUCCUCGAUUCCCUCUACCGCUCCCCCUCCUCCCCUACCGAAGCCCUCUUCCUCUUCCCCAGCUCCGACCCCGCCUCCCCCGCUGCCGAUCUCGGCGCGUGGGCCGCCGAGACCCCGCCGGCCGACCGGAGGAAUCCCGUCCUCAUCGUGUUCGACGGGACCUGGAGGGAAGCGAAGGAGAUGGUGGCGGCGAGCUUGCCGUUCCUUUCGCAGUUCGCGGUCCGAGUCUCGCUGGGAUGCGACGAAGGGAAGGAGGGGGAGAGUACCUUCGAGUCGGAUCUGGUGCUGAGGAAGGAGCCAUUUUUGGGAUGCGUCAGCACGAUGGAGGCGGUGGCGAGGGCGUUGCGGGUGCUGGAACCGGACGGCGCCGGGGCGGAGGUCGAGGCGAGGUUGCUCGCCGUGCUCAGGGCGAUGGUCGGGUUCCAGGCAUCCAAUUUGAAGCCCAUGAAGCCCAGGCCGAGGUUACUGAAGAAGAAGGAGAUCAAGAAGAAGAGCAAUGAAGAGCAGCUCGAGAGAGGUAAGUAGGAAUCACACAGUAAAUUGCUGCAUUGCUCGCCAUAUGUUCGAUGAAAUUACUGAUAGAUAUGUUUUAGAAGUACAGUGGAAGCGAGUACCUAGAAAGUGAAAUCUACCUGUUAUAAGAAGUGAUUUCUUUGAGCACUCAUGGAGGUUAUGGAUAGUGAGUUCCAUGGGUUGGGAAAUGUUCAUAGUUUACGUCUACAUUUUUUGUUAAAUUAUAGACUUAUAGCUUGAGCUACAUGGAAAGAGGCAGAUUAAGGCAUUUUUCAUGC